CUCUACGUGGCAAACAGGUUGCAGAAGGUUGCGCCAGUUCUCAUAGGGUGACAUUAAAAUCCCUUAAACUCCACGGAGCAAAGCCAAUACAUGCAAGGUUAAUGAUACAGAAAGGGAAAAUUCUUCAUAAUGUAUAUAAAGGACAUGGCGUUUUGGCAAAAUACUCUCGGCUGACCCCAUUUAAAUCACCAAUGGUAAUAAGGUCGGUAAUGAGGUGCAGGUUUCGUUAAUGAAUGACCGUGUCUCAUGAGUUCACCUUGUUGCAUCUUGUCUUCCAAAAAUCAUUCCAAAGACAAUAUUUGGUAACAGGAUGUUUUUUAUUGUCGUUUAAAAAGUUUUUGUGUUAUUUGCCAAAGAACCUUUUGCAUGCAAAAUAAAUAUAUUAAAUAUCACAAAAAUUAAAUCACAACGGCCAUAGCCUCUUCCACGUGAAUGAGUUCAGGUAAUACUCCUACUGCACCGUUCCCGGUAGCCCCCUACUGGUGAGUCAUCGUUAAUACAACCGCCUUCUACGUUUCGCCGCCGACGGUGCAUGAAAAAUACGUUAAAGUUGACGAGUACUUAAUCGUCGUAGAUACGUUACUGCGUUAAAUGGCGAACUAGUUACCCUGCAAUGUUUUGACUCUGAAAUUCUCUAUAGUUGUCUCUAAAUUUCUGAACAAUCAAGGAAAUGAAAAUCAUAGAUAAAACGAAAGAAGUAAAUAUUAUCAUACUUCCAUUAAGUUAUAGUGUAAUUGUAAGUAUAGGAAAACAUUUAGCUAGUCAUAGUAUGAGUUGUUUCGCUGCAUCGACCACUAUGGGACAGGCUGCAGGCUCCCCCACAGCGAUGUGCAGGAUAGGCUAUUGUAGCAUAGGCAUAUUGUAGCACUAGGCAUAGUACAAUAUGCAUCUAAAUGCAUAAGAUACGAAAAAAGAAUCAGAUACAGCACAUGCAACGCAUCGAUAAGCUUAUAAUUCAGCUAUUGACUUCUGUCGCAAAACUCGUUUUCAUACAAAUUAUUAUUUUGCACCAGAAGGAUUUUAUGAAAGGUGAAUUCGUUUAAUUUCUGACAGGAAUGUGCGUUUAAUAAAUUAUACAUCCAGGAGCGUCCCAGUUACGGAAAAGCUCUCCGGGCCGAUGAAAAGGGGCAGUGUUUCUCCGGAAAGCCGCCCCCUUUGUAAACCAUGCAGACGUCCACGGCUCAGUCAAACCCAGAGAAGAUACCAAAAGAUCCGGAGAAGCCACGAUCCCCCGAGCGACUGUACCCGGACCAGCAGAGCAAAUUCAAUGCACGACGUUUCUCAGCGUUUUUCUUUAUUUCAUACUUAGAUCGACUGUAAUUUUUUUCCUCCUGACUAAUCAAUAGAGUCAUUGGCCUGGAGAUGAAGCAGCCAGGAUGGUGGCAACCUUGGGGCGUCGGAACAGCUGUGCUCGUGGCCUUUUGGCUACCUGUCUGCCUGGGCCAGGUGUCGCCCUCCCCCCCGCCUCAGGGCAGCACCCUGAAGUUCCGGCUGGCGGGCUACCCCCGCAAACACAAUGAGGGCCGCGUGGAGAUCUUCUACAAGGGAGAGUGGGGCACCAUCUGCGACGACGACUUCACCAUAGCCAAUGCCCACGUCCUGUGCCGUCAGCUGGGCUUCGUCACCGCCACGGGCUGGACGCACAGCGCCAAGUACGGCAAGGGGACAGGGAAGAUCUGGCUGGAUAAUGUGCAGUGUGGCGGCAGCGAGAGGAGCAUCGAGCUGUGCAGGUCCCGCGGCUGGGGAAACAGCGACUGUACCCACGACGAGGAUGCCGGCGUGAUCUGCAAGGACGAGAGGCUGCCUGGCUUUGUGGACUCCAACAUCAUCGAGGUGGACGAGAACCACUUCGAGGAGGUGCGGCUGCGGCCCCUAGCAGAAGGGGGCCCAAAGCGGAUGCCCAUCACAGAGGGAGUCGUGGAGGUGAAGCUGCAGGACGGCUGGACGCAGAUAUGCAGCCAGGGAUGGAGCCCCAAGAACUCCCGGGUUAUCUGUGGGAUGAUGGGCUUCCCCAGCGAGAAGAAGGUUAGGAACACCUACAAACACGUUAAAAAGAUCAAAAAGAGAGGCGCAAAGCCCAAGGCUGCUGCUUCCUCAGCUUCCAGGGAUACUUUAAAAGGCCGAUCUAAUUCCAAAGCGAACAACCACAGGCCCCAGAAAAGGCACACAAAUGGCUUCCGCAUCCACUCUGUCGCCUGCACGGGGAACGAGGUGCACCUGUCUGUCUGCCCCCUGGAAAUCUCGAAGCGCAACAGCAGUGCCCCCUGUAACGGUGGCACACCGGCUGUGGUCAGCUGCAUGCCAGGGCCCCUGUUCUCCCAGGUUAAUGGCCAGAAGAAGAAGGCCAAGACUCUGACCAAAGUGAGGCUGAAGGGAGGUGCUAAGAUCGGGGAGGGUCGCGUGGAGGUGCUGAAGAACAGGGAAUGGGGGACGGUGUGCGACGACCGCUGGAAUCUGCAGGCGGCCAGCGUGGUGUGCAGAGAGCUGGGCUUCGGCAGUGCCAGGGAGGCCCUGACGGGGGCGCGCUUGGGUCAGGGGGUCGGCCCCAUUCACAUGAACGAGGUCCUGUGCGCUGGUACCGAGAAGUCCAUCUGGAAUUGCCCCUUCAAAAACAUCACGUCAGACAACUGCAAGCAUGCCGAAGAUGCCUCCGUCAGGUGCAACGUGCCCUACAUGGCCUACGAGGAAACGAUGCGACUCACAGGGGGGAGGACUCGCUUCGAGGGGCGCGUGGAGGUGCUGGUGACAGACAGGAAUGGGACGGAGGGCUGGGGGCUGGUCUGUGGAGAGGGCUGGAGCACCCGGGAGGCCAUGGUGGUGUGUCGGCAGCUGGGCCUGGGCUACGCUAAGAGCGGCCUGCCAAUCCGGAUUGUUGGCGGACGCACCAACUACGAGGGUCGGGUGGAGGUUAAGGUGGGGUCCAGGUGGGGCACUGUGUGCAGUGAAGGAUGGACCACGAAGGAGGCCAUGGUGGCUUGUCGUCAGCUAGGGCUGGGGUACUCCCUGCAUGCCAUCACAGAAACGUGGUACUGGGAGAGCAGUAACAUGACGGACAUGCUUCUGAGCGGGGUGAAGUGCACCGGUGAGGAGAUGUCACUCAGUCACUGCCAGCACCACGCCACGGUCACCUGCCAGAAGGCCGGGUCACGCUUCUCCGCCGGUGUCAUCUGCUCCGAGACGUCGUCUGACCUGGUGCUGAAUGCCCCAUUGGUCCAGCAGACGGCCUACAUUGAGGAUCGGCCCCUGCACAUGCUCUACUGUGCCGCCGAGGAGAACUGCCUCUCCAAGUCAGCCGCCAGGGCCAACUGGCCCUAUGGGCACCGGCGGCUGCUCCGCUUCUCCUCCGAGAUCCACAACAUCGGCCGCGCCGACUUCCGCCCCAAGGCCGGCCGUCACUCCUGGGUGUGGCACGAGUGCCAUAGGCAUUACCACAGUAUGGACAUCUUCACUCACUAUGACCUUCUCUCAGCCAACGGCACCAGGGUGGCGGACGGCCACAAGGCCAGCUUCUGCCUGGAGGACACUGAAUGCCAGGAAGGAAUCGCAAAGCGUUACGAGUGCGCUAACUUUGGCGAGCAGGGCAUAACUGUGGGCUGUUGGGACGUGUACCGUCAUGACAUUGACUGUCAGUGGAUCGACAUCACCGACGUAAAGCCGGGAAACUACAUACUGCAGCUUGUAAUAAAUCCUAACUUCGAAGUGUCCGAGAGCGAUUUCACCAACAACGCCAUGAAGUGCAAUUGUAAAUAUGAUGGGCAUCGGAUUUGGCUGCACAAAUGUCACCUCCAUGAUGCAUUCAGCGAAGAAGCAGAGAAGAAAUUUGAACAGUACCCUGGGCAAUUGAAUAAUCAAAUUUCAUAACUUGGCCAAACCUUCAAAGUACACGAAGGUGGUACUGGGUACUUUCCACUGCGUUGUUGCAUGUAGAGAGCCAUUUUACUUCUCUCAAAGAAAACACCCAGUUGAAUAUGAAAACAGCUCUGAUAAGAGCUGGAUGGUGCUGAAUGUCCAUUUUUUGUGAUUGAGACAUUUCCCUGUUUCAGGGAUGGUGGUUUAUUUACACCAAAUGCAUGAGAUGUAAGUAGUUACUCAUUUUUAUGAAAAGUUAUCCUCUAUUGCCAUGAGAGCUUCAGCUCCUUGCUUCAAAAAAAUAUUUUGGGAAUUAAAAAAAUUGUGAAAGUGUACAAAGACUAAACAUUUUAGUUUUUCGGGAUCUUUUUAAACCAUCCAGGGCCUCUGACGUCCAUUUCAUGUAACACAUCAGGCCCAAUUGACCAGACCCGUUCUCUUUGGAAUAAAGAUACCUAUCUUAGAAAACGUUCACUUGCAUGUCUCAAAAUAAAUUGUACUUCAAACUGUGGAA